AUGGAGGAGGACUCGCUGUCGACGGGCGCCGUGGUCUCGAUCUCCGUCACCUCGAUCAUCAUCGCAAUCCUCCUGCUCGUCGCCCUCACCUGCUUCUGCCGCUUCUCUCCGCUGGCCGCUUCCUCUGCCGCCGGCGCGACUCCGAGCAAGAGCAGCAAGGGCGGCAGCAAGGGCGGCAGCGAGGCCGACGCCGACCUGACGGCGCAGCAGCCCGUCGAGUACGGGCGCAACUACCCGUACGCGGGGCCCUCCAAGGGUGGCGACAUGACGAGCGACCCGCCGAGCCGCGCCUGCGACGACGUGCCGCCGCCCGAGGCCGAGGACCUCAACCAAGGCUUUGGAGUAGAGCGGGACAGGCACGCCCGCGCCACCCCGAUCCCACUGACCCGUCCCGCUGUGCUUUUGAUCAUAGGUUCUUGGAUGGAGUGGGCAAAGGGGUUGAUGCGCACGCCCGCAGCAAAAGCGGACACGCCUCUCGCAGAAGGCGGUUUCGCGCCCUCCGAGAUCGAGCGCAUCUGA